AUAACUCGUCUCCCCCCUAUUUUACAAGUAGAGAAGAAGCAGGUCACGACAUCAGCAACACAGGCUGCAAGUGCAAGCAGGCGGAGGAAUGAGGCCCAUUUCGCCUGUCCAGUUCCAGGUUGCGGGAGCACAUUUACGCGUCGAUUCAAUCUCAGAGGUCAUCUUCGAUCUCACACCGAAGAACGCCCAUAUGUGUGUGAGUACCCCGAUUGCAAGAAAGGCUUUGCAAGACAACAUGACUGCAAGCGACAUCAAGCACUACACGCCACGCGUUCACAAUCCAACAUCUGUCAGGGCUGUAAAAAGACCUUCAGCCGCCUGGAUGCCCUAAACGUAACUUCUUCA